AUGUGUGAGCGGGCGCUUAGCAGAAGUUUACGAAUUUUUUCACGGAUCACUUCCACUUCCGGCUCAUUUAUUCACUAUCUAUCUAUCUAUCUAUCUAUCUAUCUAUCUAUCUAUCUAUCUCAGCCUCUUUAUAUCUAUCUAUCUAUCUAUCUAUCUAUCUUGAUUUAUUCAUUAUCUAUGUGUCUAUCUAUAUAUUUAACUAUCUAUCUCUGUUUAAUUCUAUCUAUCUAUCUAUCUAUCUAUCUAUCUAUCUAUCUAUCUAUCUAUGCUAUCCAUCUAUCUAUCUAUGUUUCUUUCUUUCUUCCUUUCUUUCUACUCACUAUCUAUCUAUCUAUCUAUCUAUCUAUCUAUCUAUCUAUCUAUCUUAGUUUAUUCAUUAUCUAUCUAUGCAUCUUAAUUUAUUCAGUAUCUAUCCAUGUAUGUCUCUAUGUAUCUAACUAUCUCUGUUUCAUUCUACCUAUUUAUCUAUGUAUCUGUCUAUCUAUUUAUCUAUCUAUUUAUCUAUCUAUCUUAGUUUAUUCACUAUCUAUCUAUCUAUCUAUCUAUCUAUCUAUCUAUCUAUCUGUCUGUCUGUCUGUCUGUCUGUCAGUCUCUUCAUAUCUAUCUAUCUAUCUAUCUAUUUUAGUUUAUUCAUUAUCCAUCUAUAUUAAUUUAUUCAUUAUCUAUCUAUCUAUCUAUCUAUCUAUCUUGAUUUAUUCAUUAUCUAUGUGUCUAUCUAUAUAUCUAACUAUCUAUCUCUGUUUAAUUAUAUCUAUCUAUUUAACUAUCUAUCUCUGUUUAAUUCUAUCUAUCUAUCUAUGUUUCUUUCUUUAUAUCUAUUUAUCCAUAUAUUUUUGUUUAUUUCUACCUAUCAGGCUAUCCAUCUAUCUAUCUAUCUCUCUAUCUUUCUUUCUUUCUUCCUUUCUUUCUACUCACUAUCUAUCUAUCUAUCUAUCUAUCUUAUUUAUUCACUAUCUAUCUAUCUAUCUAUCUAUCUAUCUUCUAUCUAUCUAUCUAUCUAUCUAUCUGUCUUCUAUUCAUGAUCCAUCUAUCUUAAUUUAUUCAUUAUCUAUCUAUCUAUCUAUCUAUUGUGAUUUAUUCAUUAUCUAUGUGUCUAUCUAUAUAUUUAACUAUCUAUCUCUAUUUAAUUCUAUCUAUCUAUCUAUCUAUCUAUCUAUCUAUCUAUCUAUCUAUCUAUCUAUCUAUCUAUCUAUCUAUCUAUCUAUCUAUCUAUCUAUGUGUCUAUCUAUAUAUUUAACUAUCUCUGUUUAA